AUGGGAUCUCCAUAUCUAAGUGUUGAAAUUGAUAAACCAGAAUCUGAGAUUGCAACCAAUCUUAAGAAACCCAGAAGUGGCAACUUUAGCAUUGAAGAAGAUGUUUUACUUGUAGAAUCAUGGAUAAAUACUAGUGUUGAUCCGGUGAAUGGGAAUGACCAAUCAAAGAAGAAAUAUUGGUGGAGAAUUUGGGAGAAGUACCAUGAACAUAAGACCUUCAAUACUAGUCGGAAUGAAACAUCUCUACUUAAUAGAUGGGGAGUAAUUCAUAAGAACGUAAAUAAGUUUUGUGGAUGCUUAGCUCAGGUUGAGUCAGCACAUCAAAGUGGGAUCACUCAGCAAGACAAGAUUACUGGGGCAAAGGAGUUAUACCGGAGUUUGGUUGGCGUUCCAUUUGCUUAUGAACAUUGCUGGAAUUUAUUGAAGAAUUGUCCAAAAUGGAGUACUAACAAUGAUAAAACAAGAAAAAGAUUAUUCGGAAAUGCAUCUUCGCCUUUUACUGAAAGUCCGAUAAAUCUAGGGGAAGAUAAUGUCUCUACUAGUAACUUUGUAGAUUUGGAGAGACCUGAAGGCAGGAAAGCCGCAAAAGAGCGAUUGAAUAAAAAAAAAAACAAUGAUAACAAUGAUGAUAUUGUUGUGGGUUUACUAACUCAGAUGAACGAAAGAGCAAUGAUAGCAACUGAAAGGAAACUACAACUUAUGGAAAAAACGAGUGCUCAAGAGGAUACUAGGAUUCAAUUUGAGGGAGAGAAAAUUCGAGUUGAGGCAGAGAAAAUUCGAGUUGAGCAAGCUAAGUUACGAGUAGAUGAGGACAAAAUCAUGCUCACAGAUACAAGUGGCUUGUCUGAAUCCCAAAGAGAAUAUAUUCGUAUUCGACAAAUGGAAAUCCUUGAAAGUCGAAGGAUGAAGUAAAGCAUGCUUGAGUUAUGACUGGA